UGAGGAGGCGGGGCGGAAUUUUGGGGGCGUGCACGCCAGGGCGCCGAGACAAACUGAGGCAGGCAGGCAGGCUGGCAGGCAUUCAAUCCGUGGACAUCAACUAAGAUCAAAGCUCCGCCCCUGCGACAUCCCAUCAUGCCCUUGGUUGUGUGGUCGCGGCUGCUGGGCGUGCGCGUGGCCGCCCUGCUGUUCACCUGCGUGGCGUUCAGCGUGGCGGCGCACGGCGCCCAGCUGCCGCAUGGCGGCAUGGCCUCCUGGUGCAUCUUCUGCUGGGCCUUCAGCUUCGCAGCCACCGCUCUCAUCCUGCUAGUGGAGCUGCUGGGCCUGCAGGCGCGCAUACCCGUGUCCUGGUCCAACUUUCCCGUGACGGCGGCGUGCUACGCCGCCCUCCUCUGCCUCUCGGCCUCCGUCAUCUUCCCGCUCUACUUCCUGAGGGAUGGCGGCUACUACUCCCAGGGGCGUGACCACCGCGUGGCCUCCACCGUCUUCUCCUGCCUGGCGACGCUGGCCUACAUCCUGGAGGUGAGCCUGACGCGAGCGCGGCCCGGCGAGGUGGUGGGCUACAUGGCCACGGCGCCGGGUUUGCUGAAGGUGUGCCAGACCUUCGUGGCCUGCAUCAUCUUCAUCCUGGUCAGCGAUCCGGUGGCGUACGAUGGCCACGCGGCGCUCCAGUGGUGCAUGGCCGUCUACUGCAUCUGCUUCAUCCUCUCCAUGGCCGUGGUGGUCAUGUGCGUGGGCGAGUGCACCGGCUGGCUGCCCGUGCCCUUCCCCCGCUUCCUGACGGCGUUCGGGCUCCUGGCGGCCGUCAUGUACCUGACGGCCACCAUCAUCUGGCCCAUCUUCCAGUUUGACAAGCGCUACGGCAGAGGCGGCGCCCAGUCACGUCUGAUCACUGUGGCGGUCCUCACCGGCCUCAACUUCCUGCUGUACCUCGCCGACAUGGCGCACACUGCCAGACUCGUCUUUGUCACCGGCUGACGCACUGUGUUCUUUUUUUUUUUUUUUUUUUAACACUGGUCAACACAUUUCUAUUACAUUUUUAAGAGGCAAGUAGGCUUUUCUAGAUUACCUGUAUAAUUUUAAAAAUGACCAAGAUCUGAUUGCAGCCACCAAUACUCGGGCAAACAAAAUGUGACAUGGAGUAAGUCCUCCUCAACUGUGGUUGGCGCUAUUCUAUGGCCGUUUUCACACAUCGAUGGCAUUUUUUGUCAUGGUGUAAAAUUAAAAUUUUCAUUUCAAAAGAUAUUGGUACUUAGUAUGGGUCCGAAAUGUUUCUGGAAUUUUCAAAAUGAAAAAUAUAUUUAGAGACAUAUGAGGCCAUCUUAGAUUCAAAUUUGCUCUCAACCUUUUUUUUCCAAGGUCCUUUUAUUCUACUAAAUUGCAAUUGUUUGCAUUUGAUGAAUCGUUCAGCUGUCGUUAUGACGACACUACGAAAAAGUUACGUCGGACGUGCAGCUAACCUGGAAAGGACGCGUUCACUGUUCUCGCGUUUGAGCUUCCUCUUGAAAACGUUUUGGAGUACGUAAACCCGAAUUGUGUCUACAAGAAUGGCCGAUGUGAAAAUGAACAAAAUGAAACGGUCUGCUCUUUUAUUCAAGUCAAA